AUGAACGACGGUAGGGAGGAUGUCAAAAAAAAUUCGGUAGAGCCACUGUUGCCAAACUACUUGACGAUAAAAAGGACUCCACCCGCACGUGGACACGACUUUCGGUUCAAAUGCUAUAUUGUAAUUUCGAUGACGUUGCUAUGGACGGGUUAUGCAGUCACAACGCGAUACAUUCGUUAUGUCAAUUUAGGAAAGCAGGUCUAUUCGACAACUACGGUGGUUCUUCUUUCAGAAUGUGUAAAAGUUUUUGUUACUCUCACUUGCCUGUUCAAGGAGGCUAACUGGAGUUGUUCUGAAUUCAAAAAGUCUAUUAUUGACGACUUUGUACAUAAACCUUUGGAGUUGUUGAAAAUGAGCGUCCCUUCCAUAACUUAUGUUAUACAGAAUAAUCUAGACAUUGUAGCAUUGUCAAACUUAGAUCCAGGGACGUACCAGGUUACUACGCAACUAAAAGUGCUUACUACUGCAGUAUUUAUGAUGAUUUUUUUGGGAAGAAGGUUUUCCUCUCGUAGAUGGAUCUCCAUUUUUCUCUUAUUCAUCGGUGUUGCUGCUGUGCAGGUGAAUGCGGUGGAAGCCCAAACUGAAAUCAGAAUUACUGGUGAUAAUUACGCACUUGGCAUUAUUGCGGUAUUACUAACUUGCGUUACAGCUGGUUUUGCAGGUUAUUGGAAGACGAUUGUUGAAUUGAAAAUACGAGAUUCAAUGUCAGGCUACUGUUUCAAUGCGGUUGACGACUGCAUGUCUUUUAAAAUUGUCUCCAUUACAGGCGUCUACUUUGAAAUGAUGUUGAAAGAUAGGAGCAAUACGCGUUUGUGGAUUCGAAAUCUUCAAAUGUACUCCUGUGGAGUUAUUACAGCCGGGCUGGGUUGCUAUUUAAACGAUAUAAACAGCAUAAAAGCAAAUGGAUUUUUCAACGGCUACGAUCUCAAAGUUUUUGCUGUUGUCGGGUUUCUCAGUUUUGGAGGCGUCUACAUCUCGCUCGUUAUGAAAUAUUUGGACAACCUUUACAAAAGUUUUGCUUCAGCAUCUAGUAUUGUUUUGGUUUCUAUAAUCUCACUAUUUCUUUUUGAUAAUGUUUAUUUGGGACUUUGUUUUGUUGGCGGAGCUUCCUUGGUCAUUUUUGCGAUUCUGUUGUACAAUUCCGUUCCAGAAUAG